ACACUCCUACAUGAGUCCUGCUGCCGUCUGAUGUCCCAGGCGCCUCCACCUGUGAGAGCGCGAGAGGUCGGUGCGCUGCGCAUCCUGCCUGAGUCGAACCCGCUGUGCAUUCCCCCUACGGUCGCAGCUGGCGGGUAAAACUCCGCUUUGGGCCUGACUGCCCCAGGGCCUUAAGUUCCAGGCACCACUCUCCCGGCUCCCAUCUUUCUGUCUUGCAUCUGCCCAACCGGCCUCUGGUACUCUUGGGCACCCCGCACAGCCCCACUUCCGUAUGGGAAGACUCCCUCCACGAACAGCACGGAUUCACUGACUUGCAGAAGGCUUUUUCGCGAUGGCAGGCUCGAUGUGUUCUGGGUUCUCUGAAAUCUCUGGAGAUCUUCCAGAGUACUCAGCCAUGAAGGUGACCAUACGGGACUCGACAAUGGUGCGCCCUCUGGGAGAAACUCCCACGGGGCCCAUCUGGAACUCCAACGUGGACUUGGUUAUUCCGAGGAUUCACGUGGCCAGCGUUUAUUUCUACAGGCCAAAUGGUAGUCCAGAUUUCUUUUCGGGGGAGGUCAUGAAGGAAGCUCUCGGAAAGGCUCUCGUCCCGUUCUAUCCCAUGGCCGCCAGACUGCGGGAGUCGGCGGAGGAUGGUAGAAUUGAGAUCAACUGUAAUGGCGAAGGAGUCCUGCUCGUGGAGGCGCAAGCAGACGCCUGCAUUGACGACUUCGGGAAUUUUGCCCCUCAGCCCGCUUUCCAGCAGCUGGUGCCCAAGCUGGACAUCUCGGGCGACAUCAGCUCCUACCCUUUGCUCGUGUUACAGGUUACUCACUUCAACUGCGGAGGAGUGGCGUUCGGAGUCGGCAUGCAGCAUCAUAUCGCCGAUGGCAUGUCCGGAAUCCAUUUUAUUAACACCAUCGCUGACAUGGCUCGUGGCGAAAGCCUGAAGGUGGCCCCGUUCAUUGAUCGCACUCUUCUGAAGGCCCGGAAUCCUCCCUGUCCCAAGUAUCACCAUGUGGAGUACCAAGCUCCCCCAACCUUGCAAGGCGCAGAGACUGACGGAAGCCCUCAUGGCACUACCAUCGGAAGUGGAGAUGCCAAGAGAUCUGGUGGCUUGCUGAAGAAUGGUGGGGCCCCUGCUGCGAACCGAACAGCGAAGGCCAAUGGUUUCCAUGAUGAGCAGAUUGUCGGAUACAGCUGCGUAGAGAAGAAGGCCGAAAGUGGCGCUGAGAGGCCCUCAGUGCUGGGCUUUCUGGGAAACUCCAUGAAGAAGGGGAGUGGAUUGCUUGGUUUCCUGAGCGGCAUGUUGACCCCCUCGAAGAACUUCUCCGGCAACGACAGCUCUGCCACUGGGCACGGUACUAAAUUUGACGACAAGAAAGUCUUUCCUUCCGAGGGGAUCGACGAGGUCCAGGGCAAAACCUCCGCCCAGUCGCCGCAUGUCGAGAUAGUUCCACCCAUGGCUGUGGAGGUAUUCAAAUUCACCAGGGAGCAGCUCACCACCCUGAAGAAGAAAGCCAUGGAAGGAGGGAAUCAAGUCCCCUACAGUACGUACGAGAUGUUAUCAGCUCACAUUUGGAGAUGCGUCAGUGAGGCCCGUGGUAUUAAGGGAUCUCAGCAGUCUAAAUUGUACAUAGCCACCGAUGGAAGGUCGAGGAUUAUCCCGCCUCUGCCGAAAGGAUACUUCGGAAAUGUCAUCUUCACCGCCACCCCCAUCACCACGGCCGGCGAACUUCUGGAGAAUCCGACGCACUUUGGAGCCAGCAAAAUCCACGAGUGCGUCGCCAGGAUGGACGACGAUUACUUGAAAUCUGCGCUGGACUACCUAGAAAUGCAGCCCGAUCUGUCCAAGUUGGUCAGAGGUGCGCAUACAUUCAGGAGUCCAAAUCUAGGCAUCACCAGCUGGGCUCGAUUGCCCCUUUACGAGGCAGACUUCGGAUGGGGAAGACCAAUCUUCAUGGGACCUGCUGUCAUAGCCUACGAUGGACUGUGCUACGUUCUCCCGAGCCCUGUCAAUGAUGGAAGCUUAUCAAUCUCAUUGGGAUUGCGAGCUGACUACAUGCCGAGAUUCGCCGAGUUAAUCCACCAACUGUAGAUUGUCAGUAACUCACAUACGACGAGAUGAAAACUGUAAAGUGGCAACACAUUCUUAAGUUCUCGAUCAUAGAGAUAGGCAGAUGUCUCCACCUGUCUACGUUGAGAGGUGGUACAAUUUAUCCUACUCUCAGCACACAGACGUAGCAAAGCUGCCCAGCUCUUACGUGUUGGGAGAAAACAAUCGAACACUGUAUAUAUGAACCGGAAAAAUGAUUACUUAGACUAGGAAAUAAUACUGGCAAAUGCAUUUUAAAUACACCAUUGAUUCAUCGAAGAAGUUUUAACAAA